AAGGCUAAAUUUCCCUCGGCAAAACAAUAGUAAAAUAAUUCGUCCGUAAAACUAACGUACAUAUGAAUAUUAAUUUUUCUCAGGUGAAACCGGCAUGAAUGUUUCGUUUUAAAACCACCACGAGUCGAUGGAAACUUCGGAACAAAAAUUGUUUUUUUUGAGAAAUAUUUUACCGAUGGACCAGUUCCCCUACGUACACAAAAAUGAUGACUAAGCAAUAUUUGUCCUGAACAUAACAAUUGACUUUAUAUUUGCCUCAAGAAUGUUGGAGACAGACAUGGACAACAAUCAUGAAUCUGUUCCUCUUGGCGAAAGUAACAGAGGCAAAUCAAAUAAUCAAAAUAGAAAGCAGCUAGGCAGACGAAGCAUCGGGCGAUUGCACAUCUUGUUGAUUAUUAUGGGAAUUAUUAUACUCAUUCUAUUAAUCGUAAUUUUAGUGUUGGUUUUUAUGAAGGAGAAGGAGAAAAUCCCCCCUUGUUCGUCAGGUGAAAGUGUUGAUUUAUCGGAACCGGAAAAUCCCUCCAUAUUUCACGAUUUAACUUCCAAGGAGGUGAAAGGAAUGUUGGAAUUUUUAUAUGAGCAAAAAGAUCUUAAUAUAACGAGACCCGCAAAGAUAAAAGUGAAAACGUCGUAUAUCUUUACUGCGGAGCUUCAUCUUCCAGAGAAAGCAGAUGCUGUUUCUUACCUUGAUAGUCGCGCCGGACAGAAACCACCCAGGCAGGCGCGGGUGAUUAUUUUCCGAGGGGACUUAAUCGUACCAAAAAUAAUGGAGAUAGUGGUAACUCCGCUUCCUAAUCCCACUCAUUACACGAUCUGGAAGGACAACAUUCCUUUCCGGUACCGCCCUGUCAGCGGACCAGAUUACAAUAGUGCCAUAGAAAGUAUCACGAAGGAAACAGACAAAAAAGCGCGGCAACUUCUGCUAGAGAGCUUCGGCGGGACACUUACAAACUGCAAUGAUGCUUGUCUUGCAUUUAAGUUUAUGACUCCUGUGUCGUCUGUUCUCAGCGGCAGGCAAAGACGAUUAUAUUGGUUUUGGAUGUAUCAAUUCGUCGAAUUUUAUAUUCUUCAUCCUGUUGACUUUGCAGUCUUAGUCGAUAUGGACGAUCUAAGAUAUUCAAUUGAGAAGGUGUGGUUUAACGAGCAUGCUUUUGACACCAUCGAUUCUCUUGUCAUGCAAUACAACAGGAACACAAUGCAAAAGAAUCCUAUUUUGUUUCCUUACAUGACUGACAGUCUAUUCUCAAAGUUAAGAAGACGAAAUAGUGAGUUUUCCGAAACACCACAGCGUCCGCCAAUUUCCAUUGAACCGGAUGGUCGGAGAUAUAGCAUAAAUGGUCAACAUGUCAAGUACAUGAAUUGGGAAUUCGACUUCAGAAUGUCCAGUACUCGAGGCCCACAAUUGUAUGAUAUUCGCUUCAGGAACAAUAGAAUUGUAUACGAGCUUGCUCUUCAAGAAAUGAGUGUAUUUUAUUCUGGGUAUAAACCUACACAGAUGUUUGCAAACUAUUUUGCUUCAGCUUCUCUCAUUGGUGCCCAGGAUAAGGGGUUAGUACCGGGCGUUGAUUGUCCUUCCCAUGCCACAUUUAUACCCACUUCUCACGUUCUAGAAUCCUCUGAAGAAGUAGUCACCUACAGAAACGCUUUCUGUGUGUUUGAAUUCAAUACAGGAAUGCCUCUCCGAAGACAUCAUUCGUUCUCCUCUUCCCGCGGUUCAUUUUAUGAAGGAAUGCCCAAUGCUGUUCUUAUACUUAGAUCUAUCGUCACAGUGGUUAAUUACGACUACAUUCUUGACUGUAUUUUCUACCAAACCGGGGCCUUGGAAGUUAAAGUAGUUUCAACGGGCUACAUACUUUCCACCCCUUUAACUGUCAACGCUGAAAAAUUUGGAACACAAAUAAAUGACAAUAUCAAUGGCAAUCUUCACCAGCAUAUGUUCAGUUAUAAGGUAGAUAUAGAUAUUGAAGGGUCACAGAACCGAUACAGAACACUAGACGUCUCAACAACGGUGUCAUCAAACCAAUUUAAUCCAGAUCCAACUGCGAACAUUAUCCAAAAACAGUUCACUGUUUCUGAGAAAAAGACGGAAAGCGAAGCUGCAUACAAGUUUAAUUUUGAUACUCCAAAGUAUCACCUAUUCUACAGCAAUUUAAAAAGUAACAAAUUUGGAGUUCCUAGAUCGUAUAGGCUAUUAAGUCGAGGAAUGAGUAAACAAUUGUUACCAGAGACCGAAGGAAACGAACCGGCUGUUUCUUGGAUGCGCUAUCAAAUGGUAGUCACAAAACGGAAAGAAAACGAAAGAAUAUCUAGUUCCAUUUACAGUGGAAUGGACGUAAAAUCGCCUGUUGUCAAUUUUGAUAGCUUUUUAAAGGAUAACGAAAAUAUUCUUGAUCAGGAUUUGGUAGCUUGGGUGAGUAUGGGUGCCCAGAUCAUCCCCCAUACAGAAGAUCUUCCAGUGACCCAUACACCGGGCAUGGACCUUAGUUUCUUUCUCUUACCGUAUAAUUAUUUUCCAGAAAAUCCUGCAAUGGGAUCACCUGAUUCCGUAAGGAUAGAACCAACAAUGUACAAUAAUCCUAGUAGUGGAGUUAAAGUAUCCGGAUUUGAUAACGAGAACCUACAAUGUAAACCCCCUGUAAACAAUUAUCAAGAGGCUGUAGAAGCUGAUCCACGUAUUUUGUUCGAAAAAUAAGAAAAAAAGUGAUCGAUUUGUAAUUUUAACUCCAUUGUAUAAAAGUGGUAAUGACCGAAAACCUAGCCAGUGUUUGUAAAUUUCAGGUAAAAACCUGAUUAGUGUGCUAUGUAUGUCAAGUGAGAAAUUUUCUUCAUUUUGUAAUGUUUUAUGAGUGUGUGAAUGAGGAUAUAUAAGUAUUUUAAUGUUAAGGACAGAUGAUACAAACAAAAAAAUGGAUGCCUGGAUUAGUGUAUAUUUUUUGGCCUAAUUUCACUGAAAAUGAUGCAAAUAAUAAAUUUCUAAAAUAUAAAGAAUUUGUAAACCUUCUGUGAUGUUCAAAAUUCUGCCUCUCUGAAACCAUCCUUAUUAAUCUAUACAAAUAUUUUUCACUUCAAAUCUCAUUUUUGUGAAAAUUUGAAUAAAAAAUUAAAAACUACACGGUGAAAGUUAUUCAUUUUACUCAUUAACACAUGAUUCAGGUUGUUAAUUUCAUAUCUUUUGACAAAAGUUUGUUUGUGUCAUCUGUCCUUAAGAAACCCUUUGGAAUAUUGCAUAACGUAGUGUCGAGGAUAAGCCAAAUAUUUGUAUACUGAGUAUUUUUCCUAUUUUACUACAAAACGAAUGCAGAAAAUUAACCAAAUGGUGUGUGUUUAUCCUAAAUUGCAUGAAUGUCAGUAUGACCUCUUUAUGUACAAUGUCCUCUAAAUUAAGUACAUGUAUUUGGCUGUUGAUGCAUGGUAGUAUUAAGUCAACUUUAUUCAAACUUCUCAUAAAGCUCACGGUAGAAAAUUAGUCAUUUUAGGUGAUUUUAAACCGUCAAGUUAAAUUAUUUCAUUUGAUAAAUGUAUAAAUUUAUUGUACCGAUAAUUUUAUAUUGAUCCAUAGAUAUACAUAUGUAUAAUCACAAAUUAAAUGAUGAUGAUCAGUGUAUAAAAAGAAAGACAGAAUAUUCAUUUUUGCUAUUAAAACUUGGAAAAAAAAUCUAGAACGAUAUUAUUUUAUUGUUUUAAAAAAUCCAAGUAGUAUUUUAUCUUGUUACAGUGUGCGAGUGAUUUUUUUUAUGUACAAACAUGUAUAUUCUGAUAUGCAUAUGACAAGAACCAUAUUUUCGAUGAAGGCAGAGGUUGGAAUAUUUUAGAAGUUAGUUAUCCUGAAAUGAAACUUGGAGCGGAGCUCAUCGGGAGAGUUUGUAUAAGUUUUAGAAUUAUUGCAAUGGUAGUUUCAUAUAGAACAAUAGAACGGAAUCUUAGAGUUUGGGCUCGCUUGAAAAACACCACACAGUGCCAUGAUUCGAUAUGUUAUAAAUAUUAAAGUUAUAUUUGACUUCGGUAAUAUUUCAUCAAAAUAAAAUUGAAUAAAAAGGAAGGAAGUCAUGAUUUUCAAAGUAAAUACAUGUUGCAAUACAAGAUAUUGUCAAUUUGAGAUAGAAUACAUUUUUUAAAUUAUUCAGGGAAGGUUUUAUAUUUUUUCUUCGUUUUUUUUUCCGGGUUUUUGUCCUCUGUUAAGAGGCAUUGGAUAAACAAAAUCGUCUUAUUUGAAGAAUUUUAAAAAUAACUGUAAUAGAAAUACUGUUCAUUUAACCAUAAAUUUUUAAAUAAAGCAAGAAAUGGUCAGUGCUUUAAAUGUACAUGCAAUAAUUAAAAAAAAAAUUGAAAAAAAACAAACAAACAAACAAAACUCAUCAGUAAGUUUUAAUCACGUUCUCUCCAAAUUCUUUUCCAGAAGGUUUUGAAACUGUUUCUUAAAAUAUUUAUGAUCAAUAGAACAGUUGGAGACAUGCUUUGUUUAAAAAUAUUUUUUGAAAUAUAUUUUAUACUUACA